AUGGGGACGAAAGAGGAGAAAGAAGGCGAGGUCGGGCGAGUUGGAGGUUGGAAGUGCAGUGACGAGCCGAAGGGAUUGCUGGCCGAAGCCCGCAGUCACCUGACCUCCAUGACGCAGACCCGCGCCAGCUUGGGGCAUGUCGUGUGCCGCAACUCAACUUCUACAGACUUGUCAUCGCCCCUUACCAUCAUGAAGUUCCUGUUGACUGCUCUGCUGGCUCUCCUACCUUUGGCGCUGGCCGCCAAGUCCCUUAAAUCUGUCGUUGUGACUUUCCCCAAGGGCACUCCGUCCGGGGUUAUUGACCAGGCCAAGAACUCGCUGGUCGCUGCGGGUGGUGUGAUCACUCAUGAAUACCAUCUCUUCCCCGGUUUCGCCGCCGAAGCUCCCGUCAAUGCUCUUCAAACUCUCUCGACUCAGGACGCCGCCUACAAGCCCAUCAUCGAAGAGGACAAGAUUGUGACGGCAAUUGGAGAUUGUGUGGGCGAAGAACACUCGUUCUGA